AUGGCCCCCAGUCUCAAGCAGCGUCUCGCCGCGCUGUCGACUGCCGCCACCUCCCAGCCCCCUUUCUCGCAGGACGCCGACCUCUUUUCGCCAGGCGGUAGACGCAAGAUAUUCAACGCGCCGUGGCGCCGCAACACCCAAGACUCCUCCGGCGGCGAGGAGUUGUCCGGCAGAACACACGACAGGGUUCAAGAUGUGAUGGACAAGGUCAUCUUCCAGGCCGGCGUUGAUUACGAAACACGACCGAUGGUUAUAAUGAACGCAUCAGGCCUUCCUGACCCCAAGGAAGUGUCGUAUGAUAUUCUGCUGACACGGAUACUGUCCUACCUCGACCUGUAUGUGGAGUCCGACUACACCGUCGUGUUCUUUGCCGCGGGAGGUCGCCAUACUCCGAGCUGGAAUUGGGUCUGGAAGGCAUACCGCAGCCUGAGCCGCAAAUACCGCAAGAACCUCAAACGUCUGUACAUUGUCCAUUCUUCCUUCUUCUCGAAGAUGCUUUUCUCCCUCGCUGGUGCCAUCAUAAGUCCCAAGUUCUUCCGCAAGAUCGAGUAUAUAAGCACUCUUUCCGAGCUCGCGCGGCACGUUCCCUUGACUCAGAUCGACGUGCCGCCUGCCGUCUACCAGGAGAACUCGAAGCAAGAGAGACAGAUUACCCUUCCCACUCCACAUCGCUCGAAUGUAUUCGGUGUGCCUUUGGAGGAAAUUAUGGGCUACGAUGGCGAGAAAGGCGGGAUACCACGUGUCGUGAAGGAUGCUAUACAAUAUCUACGAGAGUUUGGCCUCAACGAGGACGGUCUAUUCCGUCGGUCGCCAAACUCUGUGCUCCUGAAGCAGGUGCAAGAUGCGUAUGACCGAGGUCAAGUCGUGUCUCUUGAGACCUUCAAUGAUCCUGCGCUGGCUUCCGUGCUCAUCAAGAAGUACUUGCGCGACCUUCCGCAGCCCAUAUUCCCCGAGCACCUAUACCCAACUAUCAGACGGUGUCCCCAAUCCGCGGACGAGCAAGAUAUGGCCGGCGUGGAGUACAUCAGGAACCUUCUCCUCCCGCAGCUCGCUCCGUGCACAUACAUUCUCCUCAGCAACGUUAUCCAUCUCAUGCACGACGUCUCCCUCCGCGCAUCUCAAAACCGCAUGGACGCACACAACCUCGCCGUCGUUCUCACCCCCAACCUCGUCGCGGGCCAAAACCCCAUGCGCGACGUAAUGAUGUGCGCCGUCCCCGGUCCCUCCCUCGCCUCCACCUCCGCCCCCACCAUCGCCGCCUCCCUAUCGCCCUCCUCCUCCUCAUCCAGCGGCUCCCCCGCGACCGCCUCGUCCUCGCCCACGCUCGUCGGCGACGCCGUCGAGGGGCGCAACACGCUCGGGAGCGUCGUCAAGCUGUGCAUCACGCGGUACUACGAGAUCUUCGACGAGGUGCGCGAUCCUUCCGAGCCCGUGCGGCGGCCGCGCGGGGCGUCCUCCGAGUCUCCUUCACCGACGCCAACACUUUCAUCAGCGUCUUAUGCCUCGGGGUCGCUCGACAAGGCGGGGGUGAUGAACGGAGCGGGGGGUGGGGGUGGGGUGAACGGGUACGGGGCAAGCGGGUACGGGGCGAGCGGGGCGCCGGUCGUGGGCUCGCGGCGGCGGCCGCAGACGACGACGAACGAGACGGAUCCGGCGGACCCGAUGAACAGGCUGAGCACGGGGAGCUGGGUGAACGCGGGCGGGCGGCCGUUGAGCUAUGGGUCGGAUGGGGAGAUCGACGAUUCGAUGCUGGUCAUGCCGAUUGGACCGGGGGGUGCCGCUGGGGGUGGGGAUGGGGACGCGGCGGCGGGAGGGUUUGCGCGGGAGAACGGGAACGGGGCCGCGGGGAACGGGUCGGAGAUCACGGUGAAGGGGAGGGCAGUGAUGGAGGAGCGGGCGGGUGGAGGUGCAUGGGAUACUUGGGGCCGUUCGGCGUCGGCAUCAGCGCAGGCGCAGGCGUCGAGCUCAAAUUCGAACUCGAAUGCUACGACGCCAACGCAGACGCAUCCGGGCCCGGUGACGUUUCCGUACAAGCCACGGCAGCGCAAGGCCUCGGCUCCCGCUCCCGUUCGCACCGGCCCCGGCUCUGGCAUGGGCAGCAGCAUGCACGGCGCCCUCCAGAGCCCAGGCUCCAUAUCAGCAGCGAGCUCAGGCGCUCCCUCGCCCUCGCCAGGGGGAACAUACACAUUCUCAUACGCAUCCUACACGUCCUCGCGGAGCAAAACGAAGACCAAGGCGCGGUCGACGAUCAGCAUCGACCGCGGGUCGCACGCGCUCGGGAGCGGGCGGGGCUCGAUCUCGAUCGGGCGCGGGGCGCUGCGCAAGGCGGCGGGGGCGGGGGUGGAGGCGGUGGGGAUUACGGCGUCGGGGUUUUUUACGCCCGAGGGGGCGCCGCCUGUGCCGGCGGUGCCGUCUGGGCGGGUGGGGUGAUGAUUUCGAUGAGGGGUGGAGGGUGGGGGUUUACGAUUUGAUUUGAUUUGAUUUUUAUUUGU